CAACAUGGAUCAUGUAGGAUAUAUGAGGACUUCCCAGGGUCAAACUUUAAAGGAUGGAGCUAACUGGUCUGGAGUACAACAGAAAAAUGCUUAUGCUAGAUUGGUUCAACAACAUCACAGCGGGAGAUUCAAGUCCUACCUGAGCUAUAUAGCUCAGAAGCUGCAGCUUGAAGAGACUUCAGGUGAUGUAGUGCUGGACAGAGAGAAACUUUCUGCGGUUGAUUUUGGGGAAAGCAAGGGAGGAAUUGGAGUCAAUACUAUUGGUUCUUCUCCUUCGCAGAAGUCCUUUAUAAGUAUUUGUGAGCAUACAAACUCCAAGAAACUUGAUGCUUCUCAUGAGUCUAAUCAAGCCAGAAGAGAUUCUGGCGCACGUCACUUAGGUCAGGAGGAAAAAGUCGUUCACACCUCUGAAAGCAAACUAGAAGCCAGUACUGUUGGUCACCAACUGCCAUCAAAAGUGUGCACUGAACCAGUUGAAAUAGAAACACAGCCGGUGAAGCCAAAGUUUAAGUCUCAAAGUUGUAAAAUCCCCACAAGUGAUCAAGUUGCAGAAGGUGGUGACAAGAGAGGAUUUGCCAGAAUCAGAAACAAGUCUGAGUGUUCCAGCACGCCACCAAGCCGUGAUAGGAGACGACAGUUAUCAGAGUCACAAACUGAGACAAUGCAGAGUACAGAAUAUAUGAGCCCGGUGCAGACUCGAUCUCCAAGAGGUGCAAAUCGAAAUGUUGGCUCCAGCUCUGAUAAAAAACGUGGCAAAGGAAGGAAAAAGAACAUCUUUGAGGCAUACAUGACAAAGGAAGAAGUGGCUGCAGGGCUGAAGCGGGGCCAGUUGAUACAGGGUUCCCUGCGGAUUAAUCCCAAGAAGUUUCAUGAGGCGUUCCUGCCAUCACCGGAUGGACAAAGGGACAUAUUUAUUGACGGUGUAGUGUCCAGAAACCGAGCUCUUAAUGGGGAUGUAGUGGUUGUCAAGCUACUUCCCCGGGAACAGUGGAAGGUUGUAAAGUUGGACCCCUGUGAUGUAGUAGCUGUAUCUGCUGACACCCACAAGCUUCCAGUGCCACACAGUAAUUUUCCACAACCCAUUAAAAAUGGAGCGGAAAGUCCAGAUCUCAUUAUUGAAGCCCAGUUUGAUAGCGGAGCAGAAGAGGACUCUGUCUGUUUAGCAUCUUCCAUCAAGAAUCUUGUACUUGGGAGCAGUGAGAGGGGGUGUAAAGAACCAGCAGUUGAACAGUGUCUGGCAUCUGACCACAGAAACCCAUCAAGUCUUCCUGAUGCCUGCCUUCAAAAGACUGCAAAGGUGGUUUACAUAUUGGAGAAGAAGCAUUCCAGAGCGGCCAGUGGAUUUAUUAAACCACUAACAGACAAAGGUGGGGAGCUUGCCAAAAAUUAUGCCUUAUUUUCUCCAGUGGACCACAGACUUCCACGUAUAUAUGUCCCACUGGUGGAUUGUCCUGAUGGAUUUGUUGCACGACCUCAGGAUUAUGCUGCCACACUCUUCAUUUGUCGAAUCAUUGCCUGGCGAGAGGACAGCAAUUUUGCAGAAGGGAAGCUGACGAAGAGCCUUGGUCAAGCUGGAGAAAUUGAGCCAGAAACUGAGGGAAUAUUAACGGAGUAUGGAGUUGAUUUCUCAGAAUUCCCAGACAAGGUGUUGCAGUGCCUGCCACAUGAUCUACCAUGGUCCAUUCCACACGAAGAGUUCCAGAAGAGGAAAGAUUUAAGGAAGGAGUGCAUUUUCACAAUUGAUCCAGCUACUGCAAGAGAUCUGGAUGAUGCCUUGUCAUGCAAACCGCUCCAAGAUGGUAACUUUGAAGUGGGCGUUCAUAUUGCAGAUGUAAGCUAUUUUGUCAAGGAAGGAAGUUCUCUGGAUCAGCUUGCCAGUGAGCGUGCCACCAGUGUGUAUCUUGUUCAGAAGGUGAUCCCCAUGCUGCCCAGGCUCCUGUGUGAGGAACUGUGUAGUCUUAAUCCAAUGACUGAUAGACUAACCUUUUCUGUCAUAUGGAAGAUGACUCCACAAGGCCAGAUUCUGGAUGAGUGGUUUGGCCGAAGCGUCAUCCGUUCCUGUGUGAAGCUGAGUUACGAUCAUGCACAAAGUAUGAUUGAGGGUCCCCACCAGCUAAUCAGUGCUAAUGAACUGCCACCAGUGUCAGCUGAUCACACAAUCGAUGAAAUCCACCAGGCUGUGUUAAACCUCCAUCAUAUUGCUAAAAAUCUGCGUAAACAGCGUUUUGACGAGGGUGCUCUUAGGUUGGAUCAGCUUAAAUUGGCGUUUACCCUGGAUAAAGAAAGUGGGAUGCCACAGGGAUGCUACAUUUACAACUACAGAGACAGCAACAAGCUAGUGGAAGAGUUCAUGCUGCUUGCCAAUAUGGCUGUUGCACAUAAGAUUUACCGUCAGUUUCCACGGGAGGCUUUAUUACGUCGUCAUCCACCCCCUCAAACUAAGAUGCUGAAUGACUUGAUAGAGUUCUGUGAUCAAAUGGGACUUCACCUGGACUUCACCAACUCUGGAACACUGCACAAAAGUUUGAAUGAGCAGUUUGGGGACGAUGAAUACGCAAGUGCCCGGAAAGAGGUCCUGACAAACAUGUGUUCUCGUCCCAUGCAGAUGGCAGUAUACUUCUGCACUGGUGCCAUUAAGGAUGAGAAUUUAUUCCGUCACUACGCACUGAAUGUCCCUUUAUAUACACACUUCACAUCGCCCAUUCGGCGCUUUGCUGAUGUAAUAGUCCACCGGCUUCUUGCUUCAUCAAUCGGUUGUGGACCCCCACUAAAGCUACACCAGGAUGCCAUUCAGAAGCAAUCAGAGCAUUGCAAUGACCGCAAGACUGCCUCCAAGCGUGUCCAAGAGCUGAGUUCAGACCUUUACUUCUCGGUCUUUGUGAAGGAAUGUGGCCCACUUGAGUCGGAAGCUAUGGUAAUGGGAGUCCUGAAUGAAGCUUUCGAUGUUCUGGUGCUCAGAUACGGUGUCCAAAAGCGGAUCUACUGUAACGCACUACCACUAGUGAGCUCACAUUUCCAGCAAGUUGGGAAGAAGCCGGAGCUAACUCUAUUCUGGAUGCCUGAUCAAGUAGGCGAACAGCCUGUGCGGCAGGUUAUUAAUGUCUUCACCCUUCUGGAUGUGGUUCUGAAGUCUGAUAACAUACCUCUGAAAUACACCGCAGUGCUGAAGAAACCAGGCGCAGAGUGAGCACCGGCCACAAAGAAGGCUCGCUGCUGGGUUCCUUUCCUUUACAUACAAUGUAUUUUAAUUCUCAGAGCAAGAUUUUAAUUUUCUAGUAUCCAAAUCCCUAAAGCUUUGAAGGGAUAUGCAACUUACUUUUCACGUGUUUUACAAAUUUUAUUUUAGCGUAUCUGGCCAGCAUGCUUGCCAGAUCUGGUAGCUGUGUACAAAACAUGCAAGCAUAGGUACCUACACUGUAUAGCUAAGCUGGUAAUAAAACAGUGAAGAGUUUGCUGCAGUUUUAAUAAAGACCAUGGUUUCAUUGUACAGUACGUCAGGGAUUUGUUUUGAACUUUUUUUUUUUUUUUUAAUAUAUUGGUUAUGAGGUUUUUAUUUUAACUUUUUCUUACCUCUUCAGGCCGUAGUAGAUUUUACUUAAAUGCCAGUGUGUCUGCCUGGUUCACCUUGCCCACCGGGUGCUGGGAGUAAACAAAGAUGUUGGGCCAUGAAGAAUUUAUUUUACAUUUUAGAGGUUUUUUUUUUAUUUAAAUGUUUUAGUUUUUCUGACCUGGCUUACAGGACUUUUUAGGGACAGAAACUGGCCUGCAUUUUAUAUUGAUGUUUACACAACGAGAACUUUGUUUUGCACUACAAUGAAGCUGCUUGUGUAUUUAUGAUACUGCACCUUUUUAACACGGACUUCAAAUUUCAUAAUUAAUUUCUACAAACUAUUUUGAUUUUAGAUUUGUAAUUUGCAUUUCCAUCUGUUUCCUGCUGUAAAUGAAUUGACUGAAUUUCCAUGACCACUUCUAUUUAUUUCUUAAACCUGGUCAUUGUAAUAUUGGUGUUGUAACGGUGGUCUUGUAUCACCCUAAUUUGUUUUUCACACCUGUACUUUUCAAAGACAAUUUUGAGUGUAUAGUGAAGGCUCUCAGUUUAUUCUACAUAAACAGGAAUGCACAAGAAAUGUAACAACCAGAUGUAACUAUUGGAUGAAUGACACUCAGCCAACCAUUACCCUUGUUGUGGCCAAAUGUCACAAGGAAACAUAGCUCACAGCAACAGUAGUGCCAAAGGUUGGCCUUCUGGUUACGUUAUCAUCAAUGACUCUUAUUUUGAAAUGAUCCCUAUUAACUAAGCAUAUCUGGAACCCAUUCUCCAAUAAAAUGAUUUGCUCUGUA